AUGAUGGUGUGGCUCCCUCAAUCUCCGGAUCUUAAUCCGGUCUGUCCCACCUCUCAGGAGCACCUUUGGGAGAUCCUCCAGAAAGCAUGGAGUGAAAUACCAAAUUCUGUUUUGGAAAAACUCGUAGAAAGAAUGCCGCGAUUGAUGCAAAAGGUGCUAUAUCCACCAACGGAGGAACGGCACGCGGAACAGUCUAUCAUGAGUCCGCUAAGUACAAAGGUAUUACUGUGCAUUGUACUCUGUUUGUCAAUAUGUCAACAUACUCAAAGUCAGUACAUCGUAUUCGACAAUCCCCGCAAUGCUAUCGUUUUUGACGCAAAUAAUGAAGAAGCAAUAACUGACAUAACGGAGGGAUCCACAACUGCGUUAAGGUUCUCAAGCUUUCCAUACAUGGUAACAGUGCACCAAAUCUUCAGCAACGCAUACUUGGGACCGUGCGCCGGCACGAUCUUAUCCAAAAGAUGGGUUCUCACAGCCGCCCAUUGUGUCUACGCAAAAAACCCUGGAACACUUCUCGUAGAUUUCGACGUUGACGAGUUUAGCAUUGAACAGGGUGUUCUUCGAACCCUCAAGUUCAGUACCCCCUACGCGUAUGGCAUUGGAUACAGUCUUUCCCCAGGUGUGGUGAUGAAUCCGACUCAAACGUUUAUACAUCCGCAAUACGCAAAUGGCUACAAUGAUAUUGCCUUACUCUAUAUGCCACAAGAUAUUCCCUUUUCCAAUAAUAUUCAGCCAAUAAAACUCGCAUAUUACGAGAACUUUGUGAACGAAAAUGCUUAUGUGGUCGGUUGGAAAAAAAAGAACGCGGCUAGCCGAAGUACGACGGAGACGAUGAAACUUAAGUGCGCCAUGUUGCCGAUUAUAGAAAAUAAUGUAUGCAGGCAAUACUGGCCCAUCAACGACAACCACAUUUGCACGGCCGCAGGAUUGGGACAAUUCGCUUGUCCCGAGAGAGUCAGCAGUGAUCCUCUCAUCGUAAGAAAAAAUGGCCAAGACUUUCAAAUAGGUAUUAUGAGUUACGAAGACCAAUCUUUUUGUCCUAACAACUCACCUCAAGUGUAUACUAAGGUUUCUUCAUAUAUAGACUGGAUUAUCGAAGUCAUGAAGCGAUAUUAG